UUCGCACUUACCACACCCCUUACGCUUCACUAUAUCAGUUACUUCGUGUCUCCCGUCGCCUUUCCUCUCCACAGUCCCACCACCAAUGUCAGCGACUCCUUCGAGAAACCCGGCAAAGUCCAUUGAGGGCUACACAAUUCUCGUUACGGGUCUCCACCCGGAGACGACCGAGGAGCAAGUGGAGGAUUUGUUUUUAGACUUCGGUCCUGUGCGGAAUCUGCAUCUCAACCUGGACAGACGAACGGGCUACGUGAAGGGAUACGCGUUGCUCGAAUACGCCGAGUUAGAACAGGCGCAAAAGGCAGUCGAAGCCUCGCAGUUGACUCUGUUGGGACACAAAUUGCAGGCUGAUUACGCGUUUCUCGAGCCGCCAGUCAGUCAUCGCAUGGACGUUGAUUCUCGUAGCCGGAGCCAGUCGCCAGCUCGACGCGACGAAAAUGGAACUGUUUCUAUGUGA